GAUAGAUUUACCUAUACAAAGCAGGGUCGAGACCUCUCCCUUUUCCUGCAAAAACCAUACUAAUAACAAUCAUUAACGACUCUCAACAGACUCAUACUUCAUCGCAAGCCCCAUUCGACUGCCACUAGGAUUCAAAGACAAAUUAGAGAAGCUUGGCUGUUCUAUUGAGAACGUGAAGCUGUGGAUUAGUAUGUCGCUCACUCUGAUAUGUUGCUCAUUCGAUUGACCCUAUAAGAAAACCACCUCUCUAGAGACCAUUUAUAGUCUGAAUAACUCUAUGACAGAACCAAAGACUGGGCGAUCCAACAUCUGUCCCCAUCAGACCAAUGCACCUAAUUUGAUAUUUGCAUCAAGUAACUUCUUCCAGGUACUCAAUGCUCGGUCGCCAGCCCAGUAUUAUGGAAAAGAUAUCUAUCUAUCACCCUUCGAACCCCUAUCUCCUCUUACAUGACCGACUUAUCCGAUCAAUCCGAUGGAAUGACUAGCGGUGUCAGUCCUCCUGCAGCUAUCUUUCUACCGCUUUACCCGCCAACCCCAAGUUUCCAUUCUCCGAUGGCCGCGAUGUAAUUAUAUAAUUUAGGUUUCUCUCGAAAUCCA